UUUUUUUUUCAUUUGAAUGCUUCUUUCUCGUCUUUAUCAAACACGUUCCAUUUUAAAUAAAACAAAGAUGCUUGUAAAGCCUGUACCCUGUCUUGAUGACAACUAUUCUUAUUUGAUUUUGGAUGAAGAGUCCAAAAAAGCUGCUGUUGUCGAUCCUGUGGAGCCCGACAAAGUACUGAAGGCUUUAGAAGAGUAUUCUGAUUAUCAAUUAUCCAUGAUUUUGACAACCCAUCAUCAUUGGGAUCACGCAGGAGGUAAUCCUAAGCUCCUCAAACAUCCUCGUUACACACGCAUUCCAUGCUACGGUGGAUCGGACCGCGUAGACAGCGUCACUCAUAUUGUCAAGCACAACGAGGACAUUUCUCUCGGCUCGCUCACCAUCAAAGCGCUAGGAACAGCUGGCCAUACCAUGGACCACAUCUGCUACUAUAUCGCUCAGCCCGAGCCCUCCGUCUUUACCGGUGAUUGUCUUUUCAGCAGUGGUUGCGGUCGCUUUUUCGAAGGUGCGCCCAAAGACAUGUACGCUGCCUUGUCUGUCUUGAGCGACUUGCCCGACAAGACCAAAGUUUACUUUGGUCAUGAAUACACAGUGAGUAAUUUGCGAUUUGCCCUGACCGUCGAACCCCACAAUCAAGACAUGCAAGAAAAGAGGGCCUGGGCAAAUUCCGUCGGUUGCACCACUCCCUCCACCAUGGAAAACGAAAAACGAACCAAUCCAUUCCUCAGAGUCCAUCUACCAGAAGUGGCUCAACGGAUCGUCAAGGAUCCUGAGAGUGCCAAAAUUGAAGAUAUUCUCGGUCAAUUGAGACGAAUGAAGGAUGACUUUUAGUUGGAUCAUUUUUUUGUUCAACGAAUAAAAAAAC